AUGCCAGCGUUGUAUGCCCAAGUGAAGAGCCAAGUUGAAAAAGAAUUGGCACAUGCAGAGCGAGUUGCUAUUACAACCGAUGCCUGGACGUCAUGCUCCACUGAGUCUUAUGUGACCAUCACUGUCCACUACAUCUCUCCAGACUGGAAGUUAAAUGUGCAUGUGUUGCAAACCAGGGCAUUCAAAGGAUCCCACACUGGGAAAAACAUUGGUGCUCUGCUAAAACAGGCAUGUGUUGACUGGAACCUUCUUGAUAAAGAUCCAGCCCUGGUGACAGACAAUGCCACAAACAUGGUAUUAGCUGGAGUGGAAGCAGAGAUGACCCCUCACCUCAUGUGCUUUGCACACACUAUUAAUCUCGCCACACAGAAAGCCUUUAAAGUUGACACAGUAGCAAGGUUGCUGGGGAGAGUGAGGAAAGCCGUUGCCUUUUUUCAUCGUAGUGUGAGGGCUGCAGAAAUCCUUCAAGAGAAACAGAAACAACUAGCCUUGCCUUCCCACAAACUCAUCCAAGAUGUAUCCACGCGGUGGAAUAGCUCCCAUGACAUGCUUGAACGCUUUUUUGAGCAACAUCCUGCGAUUUCUGCAGCACUCAUGUCCAGGGACCUCAGAAAAGAAGAAGAGGUGAAUACUCUCAAGGACAAAGACUUCUGCGACAUUGAAGACAUUGUCAAACUGAUGGCGCCGGUCAAACUUGUGACUACCAGCAUGUCUGAAGACAAGCGACCCACACUCUCAAUGAUUCUUCCUGUAAAAGCAAAGCUUAAAAAGAACUUUGAACCAUCAGAUGAAGACUCAGUGUUAAUCAGAGAGAUGAAGCAGGCGUUCAAGAAUGACUUGGAGAAACGCUACACAGGCCUUGAACAUCUCUUCCACACUGCAGCAGCUCUGGACCCCCGUUUUAAGUCCCUGCCCUUCCUCAGUAACCAUGAUGCAGAGAGGACAUUCACAAGCAUAUCAGCAGAAGCAGCAUCCCUGCAUCACAAGGUAACGGGGGGUUCAGUUCAGAGAGGUCCAGUGCAGACUGAUCCAUGUCAGAGUGAACCUGCAAAUGGAGAUCCGGACGUCUGCAUUGAUGUACCCCAGACCCAAGAUGAGCAUAAAGAUGAUAAACCUCCUUGUAAAAAGAAGAGAAUGUCAGCCCUGGACCAGCUGUUGGGAGAAGACUUUCAAGUAAGGACGGCAUCUAGAUCUGUGAGGGACCAGGCCAAUGAAGAAGUCAAGAGGUACAGAGAGCGUGAUCCUUUGCCCCUGAAAAAAAAACCACUACAGUGGUGGAAGGAGCAACAGGACUUGCCACUGCUGUCAUCUAUGGCUAAAAUGUAUCUGUGCAUACCGGCCACCAGUGUGGCAUCUGAGAGAGUUUUCAGCACUGCAGGAGAUAUUGUUUCCACAAAACGCAGUCUACUCAAACAUGAGCAUGUGGAUCAGCUGAUUUUCCUUAAGAAAAAUCUGCCGCAAAAAAAAGAUGAGGACAGUGAUUAUGACGAAUAA